UAGACAUGACGAGAUAUUAAUGCGUGGCAGGCCAAAGACGAGUAGGAUCGACCCAAACAAAUGAGGCCGAGGAAAUAAUAGGUUAAGGGAAAUAACUGAUACUGGUUAAAAUGCCUCAAAACGUUUACGACCGACAAGAUUUCUUCGAGAACUAUAUCAAGCUGGACCGUCAAGUUAAGGGGCUUCACGGUGCGCCGGAAUGGCCGCAACUAAAAUCAAUACUUCCGAACCUCAAUGGCCUCGUCGUGCUUGACCUAGGCUGUGUGUUUGGUUGGUUUUCCCGGUUUGCGAGAGAGAACGCCGCGGAAUUUGUUCGCGCGAUUGAUAUCUCCGAAAAGAUGCUUGAGAGAGCUCAAGAAAUGACUAGCUUAAUAUGUUCCAUCGAGCACCCGAUAUAUACAGCGCCGUCAAGACCUAGAUUUAUUGUGGAUGAAGAGACAGGUAGCAAGUCAUGGCCGUUAGAUGACUAUCAAAAAGAAGGAUUGAGAACGACCGAUUGGUUGGCGCCCGGAAUCUAGAAACAGCAUAGAACGAUCGGAACCUAUAUUUUUGUAGAAUGGUGUCCAAC